AUGUAUUCUUCCUCGAAUUCCUUCCUGGGCGGUGCCAACAGCACCCGCCCAGGACAGCAACCUUACAUGCAGCAGCAACCCCCGUUCUCGCAAUUCGGCCAGCAGCAGCCACAAAACCAACAGACCGGACUUGCCCCUCAACCGACAGGGUAUAAUCCUCAGUUUUCCGCGCUUGGAGCUUCUCAGUUGCAACCACAAGCAACAGGAUUUCCUCCCGGACAGAUUCAGCCUCAGUAUACCGGUUUCCCCGGUGUAUCACCACAGCCUCAGCAAACCCAGCCAACAGGGUUCCCAGCAUCACCGCAGCAAACCCAGUACGGCGGAUUUCCAUCUCUGGGCCAAGCUCCACAGAUACAGGUUACGUCGAACACGAACAUCCCACUUCGAACCGGACAGCAGACUUCCUCCGAAAUAGCGAACUCGUUCCAGAACGCUUCAGUGGCCACUCCAACACCACCGCCCAAGGCUUCCGGUGGGAAGAUCCCAAACAUUCGACUGUCAUUUAUUACGGCGCAGGACCAGGCGAAGUUUGAGCAGCUCUUCAAAUCUGCAGUUGGGGAUAGUCAAGCAAUGACUGGGGACAAGGCGAAGGAACUGCUCCUUCGGUCAAAGCUUCCAGGCAGUGACUUGUCAAGGAUCUGGGUACUGUCGGACACCACGAAAUCCGGUCAGCUACUGUUUCCUGAAUUUGCUUUGGCCAUGUACUUGUGCAACCUGAGAAUAACGGGGCGGGACAUACCAAGUGUUCUUCCCGAAACGAUAAAGAACGAGGUUUCGAGCAUGGUAGACAUCAUAUCGUUCCAGGUGCCAGACACGCAGCCCGAACCCGUCGCUAAGACCAACGUUCCUAGCUUUGAUGCGCCAUUGCUCGAGAAUAAAUUAGCGCCUCCAGCACCGCAGCAGCCCCGCCCGCAGCAGCCUAGCAACUCUCAACUCCUGUCACAACUCACUGCACAGCCCACCGGCUUUCCACCUUCUUCCGGAUAUCAAGCCAAUGUUGCAGUUCAAGGUCAAAAUCAGGGCCUUGUCCCGCAGGCCACCGUAUUUCCCGGACAGGCCUCAUCACAAAAUCUUCAACCUCCCCAAAUGGGUAUUCUGAAUAAUCCGCAGCCAACAGGCUAUACAGGUCCCCGGCCACCAAUGCCUCCUAUGCCAACUGGUUUCGGUUCGAAUCUAAGUCCCUCUCAGACCGGUGGACUGGUAGCACAACCGACCGGAAUUCCUGGUCAAUGGGGCUUUGUCAAUGCUCCCGCCUCAGGACUGCCGAACAUUGAGGCGCUGAAACAGCAGCUGAUGCCUCAGCCAGGUCGCGAGGGCGGCUUUUCUGCCGCCGGGCUUUCUGGAAAUGCGAGUAUCCCUUGGGCUAUCACGAAGGAAGAGAAAAAGAUCUACGAUGACCUUUUUAGAGCCUGGGAUGGUCUUCACAAGGGGUUCAUUGGUGGUGAUACCGCCAUUGAAAUCAUGGGCCAGAGCGGGUUGGCUAGGAAUGAUUUAGAAGCAAUUUGGACAUUAGCUGACCCUCAUAAUCGUGGACGGCUCAAUAUGGACGAGUUUGCCGUGGCCAUGCAUUUAAUUUACAGAAAACUCAAUGGGUAUCCUGUUCCCAACCGUCUCCCCCCUGAACUCAUCCCUCCAUCCACAAGGAAUCUGAAUGAUUCAAUCGGCACUAUCAAGUCUAUGCUUUCUCAAGAUGCAGAGCAUCGAAAGGCUACAGGUGCAUUUUUGCAGCCCCAGAAGACAGGUGUCAGUUAUCUGAAAGAACAUUCUUUCCGGGGCGGAGCAGUAUCCCCUGGUGCUGGCCGUAAGGAUGCUACACUGUUCAAAAACAAUGACGAGGCAGCUGCUGGUUAUCGCUCAAGUGCGCGUCGGCGCGUCGGAAACAGCGGCCGUACACCCUCACCUGCGGCUUCGCAAGCUUCUGAGGAGGAAUUGUCUGUCGAACAACUGAAGAAGAAAAUUCGUGAAACGCAGAUCAUGUUGGAUGCGGUUGAUUUUGAGGAUGAGAACCGUGCGGAGGAAGAGGACGCGCUUGACAGGCGGGACCGUCGUGAGGCCGAGAGUCUAAUGGAUAGGAUUCGACGUGUGCAGGACGAUAUCGAUACUCAUCCUCAUGCGGCUCUUCGCAGCCUUGAUACUGGCGCUGAGCGAAGGACGCUGCGCCGUCAACUGCAGGCUUAUGAAGACCAGGUGCCACAAAUUGCUUCCGAAGUUAGACGUGUCGAGCGUGAAAUCGCUGAAGCUAAGCUUGAGUUGUUCCGUCUAAAGGAUGCCAAGGCACAUCCCAACAGUGCGCUUAAUAUUGUUGGCACCGGCCCUGGCGGUGCAGUUACGGAAGCCGACCGUAUCAAAGCACGUGCGCGUGCUAGAAUGCAAGCUCGCGCUGCCGAACUUGCCGGAAGACCGGCACCUGCGUCACAGGACGACGAAGAGGCUGCAACUCGUCGCCUAGAGGGAGAAAAUGCUAGAGUGAAGGCAGAAAGGGAAAAGAAUGAUUCGAUGACCCGCGAUGUAGAGGAAAGUGUCAAAGAGUUUGCUAGGAGCUUGGAAGAUAGCCUCAAGGAAGGUGAAGAGAGCUCUACUCGCGAACAUGAAAGGCGUCGGUGGGAAGAUGCACUUGGCGUUGAAGACGUUAUUCGUGACUUCAUCUAUGACUUGAAUCGUGGCAGCCGCACAGCGCAUAUCCGGAAGGAAGAGGACUCGAGAGGAUCAUCUCUGGAACCGCGGUCUCGCGAAUCGUCAGCACAUACCUCAACUGCUGCGCGGCCAUCUCCACCGGCAUCUGUCGGAUUGACAGGGGCUUCACCUGUAACGCAUGAAGACCGCGUUGCCGCUGCACGAGAACGCGCCCAAAGGAGAAUCGCUGAACGGAUGGCAGCUGCCGGUUUGAAACCUCAAACGGACGCUAUUGAAACACUUGCUCAGCGCCAGGAACGCGAGAGGAGAGAAAGGGAGGAGCGAGUGAAGCGGGCAGAAGAGGAAGAUGCUAAGCGAGAGCAAGAGAGGCAACGUCGCAUCGCUGAAGAGCAGCGUACUCCUUCUACUCAGGCAGCGAAACCUGCCGGGAAAAAGCCUCCACCAGCACCACCGCGAGGAUCGCGCAAAGGUCGAACUGAUAGUACUGGACAAGCAGAUGCUAAGAAGGCUGCUGAAGGUUCAGCUAAAACAGAGCAGCUGGCACUUGAGCAAGCUUUGAAGGAGGAGCAGCAAGCACAGGAGGAGGAGACUAAACGUCUAGAGACGGAGGCCAAGCAACGUGAAGACGAAUUCGCAAGAGAGCAGCAAGAACAGGAAGCACGUCUCCGUGCUCUUGAAGAGCAGGUCAGGCAAGGAAAGAUCAAGAAACAGGAAGAGAAACGUCGGAGGGAAGAGGCCAAGAAGGCAGCACAGGAACAGGAAGCCAGGCUCGCACGUCAACGAGCCGAACUUGAGGCCGCCAAGGAGCGGGAGCGACAGUUACAAUUGGAACUUGAAGGCCUAGACGAGAGCUCUUCAGACGAAGAGGGCCCAGUGGAUAUCGCAACCCCCCAGGACAGCACGCCGACACAAAGUCAGGUUCUGCCUGCCACAUCCGACCCGGAACCCCCUGCGCCUCCUACGCCGGUUGCUGAACCGCCUACGGUACCUGAACCUGAACAGACCACUGCCUCCAGCUCCCCGGAAAGCAGUCGAGCCGUGUCACUUCGUCUGAGUCCGGAAACUGAGUCUAAAAACCCUUACUUCAGGAGGAAUGUUUCUCAACCAACAGAUUAUCCGCCGCCAACUCCGCCGGAAGUUCCCCAGGUUAGCUCCACCCAAAUGCCUGAUACUCAAUCCACCAAUCCAUUCCACCGACUCGCUCAACAGCAGCAGCCGCCGCCGCCGCCGCCAACGCAGCCGGCGUUUACAGGUUCAGCGCCACUUGCGCGGAAGACCCGCGCUCGCCCAGAGGCGGACGAUGAUUGGUCAGCAGCGGAGUCUGAUUUCGAGUCGUCUGAUGAUGAAGACGACCGUGCAGGGGGUGGAAGUGCUAAACAACUCGCAAGUAUUCUCUUCGGUACCAUGGCGCCUCCUCGGCCUCUCAGCGCCAUGGACACCCAGUCCCCUUCAUCGAAGUCUGCAACUCCCGUACAAGGUUCUUCUAUUCCACCAGUUCCGCCAAUUCCAGCUGAAAUAGAGCCAUCUUCCGUUGCUGACGGUGCUUCCCCCCCUCCCCCGCCUCCGCCUCCGCCUCCCCCUCCGCCGGCUGCGGCUCCCCCCCCGUUGCCCAGCGCUGAGUCGCCAGCCGGUAUUCCACCACCUCCUCCUCCGCCUAUGGCGCCUCCCGCUCCUCCCCCACCCCCCGGUCCACCCGCAGCAGCCCCUGCUGGCGCCCCGGAUAGGAGUGCUUUGUUGGCCUCUAUUCAGGCAGGCAAAGGACUCAGGAAGGUUCAGACCAAUGACCGAAGCACGAGCACCUCGGCUGGGCGUGUUCUAUGA